AUGUUGAGUUUAUUCACCAUUACAACGCUGCUCUUCCUCCACCAGUGGGUGGGCACGCAGGCCACGGGCAAUUGCAGCUUUAACGAGAAGUACUUUGAUAACUUCACCCUGGCCAUCGUGAACAACACCAUGGAAUUGGACAUGGUGACGCCCAGGACGAUUCCGCGGGGCCUCAAGGCGCUCAUCGAUGUCCAGAUCAGCCUCGACAAGGGCAAGAGCUACCAGCGACUCUUCGCCCACGUCCUGGACACCUGCAGCAUUGUCUCGUCGGUGCGGACCAGCAUGUUCAAGAGCUGGUUCGAGAGCAUGCGCGAUCACGGCAACUUCAUGACCAACUGCCCCGUGCCCCCGGGCCACUACUUCCUCCGCAACUGGAGGCUGGACUCGCAGCUGGUGCCGCACUACCUGAUGCCCGGCGACUACCGCGUGUUGGCCCACUUCUUCUUUGGCAAGCAGAAGACCAAGCACGAGGACGUUGCCCUCGACAUGGACAUCUACGCGCUCGUGAGGAAAUCAUAG